GUAGCGAGCUAGACGCAUAAGUUGCAGUCAACUAAAGUUUAUAAGUGAAAUAGUUAAUAAAAUGUUGUUUCAAACAAAAACUUAUUGUUUAUGAUAUUUUUUUAUCUGUGGUAUCAAGUGAAUGUUCGACUGCGACCUUUAAGUUGGUGAUAUGAUUGUGCGUGGAUUACGUUUAUGCACUCUUUAGAAAUAGUUUAUACGUGCAAAAAAAGUUAUAAAUUGUUAUAAAACAGGAUCUCAAUUUAUGGUCCAAAGUCGAGAUGUCGAUGGCGGAUGUGACGUCAGCGCGAAGUUCACCAGCGCCCGAGGCGUGCCCGGAGUGCGAUACUAGCGCCUCUGUCACUUCCGACUUGCAUAAGUAUCAAGUUGCGUGUACAUGCAAGCCAUCGUCAGCUCAGUACGCAUGCGCAGACGAUCCUGGACCACCUCCUCCGGCCAAGACCGACACCCCGCCAGCUUUACCACCGCGACCACCUACCAGCGUGCUAGCGGCCACCAACAGACGAAAUAAUGCUUCAGUGGGUUUCAACAACGUGACGUCAUGCCGUCGCCACAAGUACGCGUGGUGGUGCGUGGGCUGUGGAGCGCUAGCGGCCGCGUUGGGUGGUCUGCUGGCUGCACAGCAUAUAGUGCUGAGGUUCUUCACAGCUUCUCCUCAACACUUGGAGACGGUGCCGGCAGCUGUACCUGCUGCUAUGUUGGUGUUAACUGGGGUCUGCAUCAUGAGCUUGGCGAGACGAAGAAACAGAUACAGCUAUAUGGUAAGAAAAAUCAAAGUGGUGGGAGCUUGCUGUCUCGUGUGCGCACUCACCUGCGUGCUGGUGACAAUUACCACCACUGUUAUUCACAUGAAUAAGCUUCAAACUUUAAAGUUAUGUGAAUACACGAAGUUAACUCGAACAUGCACUUGUUUCUCCGCGCCAGCUGAUGGUCAGCAUGGGGGUGAUGAUGAUGGAGUUCGGUGCGUGUUUGAAGGCGUGAAAGAUUGUGGUGUUGUACACGGAGCCCUCUACUGGUGCUUGAGAGGAGUGUUUGCCUUGUCAGUCACCGCUGUGUUGGUCUGCAUCUUCAGUUGUAUGCUGGCAUAUCAGCUACUUAGUCAUGAACGUAAGAAGAUGUAUUGGGAGCAGUUGGAACUGAGAUGCAGAUCAUUGUACCGUCCACCAGCGGGACAGAACGCUCAACCAUCCGGACGCCCGGUGCAGACUAACUGCGGUUGUUGUGCACAGUGCCAUCCCACACAGCCGGCUUGGGACAUCAGCUUGCAGCACAGGUUCUGGGCACCAGGUAGGAUAGGCAACCUGUAUUCUCCUAAUCCUGGCACCGGCAGGAAGACGUCUGCUUGGAGCUGGUUUCCGUGGCCGAGGAAUACCAGUCAAAAUUCUCGUUGCCGUAUGGGUGCCGUACCUCAAUCGGGCGAUAGUGCGUACGGUUUCUGUGACAACGAUACCACACCCACCACAAAUCCUCAACCGGCGUACGAAGAUCGCUCCUACAAUUUCAGCCAGUUCCGCAACCAACCGGCGAAUUUCAACCAAACACAAUCGGCCUUCAACCAAACUCAGUCUUUCAAUCAAACUCAGGGGAAUUUCGCACAAACUCCGGCGGGAUUUGCUCAGAGUCAAGCCAGCUUCGCUCAGUUCGGACAGGAAGGGUUUGGGGAGACAAGUGGAAGUUUUGAUGCUCAAACUGGAGUCUGGGGUCCGCCGCCGCCGUACAGUCCUCAAGGGAGAAGUGGUAGCAGACACCAUUUGCAUCAAGAUCCAGCGGCGACCACGCUCCUCCAUCACCACCAUAUAGACGUCCACCGCAACUCAAUGCCCAUACACGACCAUACAAACCUACCAAUACAGCCUCAUGCGUGCGCUCGCAACUCAUACAUAGUCCACCACGCACCCCAAAACAUGGAGAUGAGCCGGUUGAAUCCAGAAAUCAGUCGAUUGAAUACAGAAAUGAGUCGGUUGAAUUCAGAAAUAAGCCGUUUGAAUCCAGAAAUGAGCCGUUUGAAUCCGGAAUUGAGUCAUUUAGCUCAAAUGUAUCCUACAGACGUGAAUGAUAUGGCUCGUAUGCAAGAAAUGGGACAUUUGGGUCCCGAUGGGCGUUUUAACACGUUAAGAGGUCAUUUGGUUCCGUAUAGGGCUUGUCAGAGGUCCUUAGGCAUGAGUGUUGGCAAUCUACACAGGGACUGUAGACUAGAUGACAAUGUCACAAUUGAGUGUUUACAUCAAAAAAGUGGAAGCAAAGUUUCAGAUCAAAGCACUGACUCGUGUCCUAAACAAGGCAAGGAGAACCUCGGCUUCCAGAAUGACAAACACUCUCCUAUAAGGUCCUCGAUGCAAGACCGCAAUGGUAAUCAGAAUGCGGAAUCCGAAGUGUACUUCGCAGACGUAUCCAGUUGCUGCAACGUCUCUGUCAAGGCUGACUGCUGCAUGAAUUCCAAUGUAUCAGCAUUAGUUGGUACCAUAGAGAACCAUCCAGAAUCCACAUCUGAAUCUGAUACGGGUUCGUUCACACUCACGCGACAGCAGCGCCCCCAACCGCAAGUGGGUUCGAAACGUCGCCCGCGACAAAACGACAAACACACAAAAAAUCAACGACAAGAAAUUAGCACUAUCAGAAUGGCCGAACAACAAUUGUUAGAACAACUCAACACCUCAAUAAGAAUGAGUGACAGAAUGAAUGAUUCAAGAAUCAGUGAUGGUAUAAACGAGAGUCGCGUCAGUGAUCGGAAUGAUUCCAGAGAUCGACUGAACGAUUCGAGAAUAGAACGCAUCAACGAUUCCAGAAUAAGCGAUAGAAUGAAUGAAACGAGGCUGAGUGAGCGAAUGAAUAAUUCCAGAGAUCGUUUGAACGAUUCGAAAAUUGAAAGGUUGAAUGAGUCCAGACUCGAAAGAAUGAACGAUUCCCGGAUCAGCGAUAGAAUGAACGAGACGAGACUGCGGGAGCUAAUGAAUGAUUCCAGAGAUCGUUUGAACGAAUCACGAAUGGAGAGAAUGAAUGAUUCUCGCAUUAGUGAUAGAAUAAAUGAUUCUCGAGUCAGUGAUCGCAUGAAUGAUUCUAGAAUCAGUGAUAGAAUUAACGAUUCUCGAAUCAGUGAGAGAAUGAACGAUUCUCGAAUCAGUGAGAGAAUGAACGAUUCUCGAAUCAGUGAGAGAAUGAACGAUUCUCGAAUCAGUGAGAGAAUGAACGAUUCUCGCAUUAGUGAUAGAAUGAAUGAAACCAGAAGCGACCGAUUGGAACGAAUCGAAGAUAGGAGGAUGUCCGAUCUGAAUUCUAGCAUAAGGGUUGAAGGGAGUCCGAAGAUGCGGAAUCACAUGAGUCCAUUACGCGUGCCAAGGUCAAGUCCAAAGAACUUGCCUAAAGAGCACCCCAGGCAGUCAAGUUCUGAUUCUAACAAGCCUGAGUUCUUCGUGCCACCUCCGCCUACACAUUCGCCCUUAUCUCCUAACACAGAAGAGUCACUUUUGUCUGACGAGGAUGUUAGAACACAGGAUCAAAUGUAUUCUAACGAUCCGGAAACUUCGAAAUGCUUAGGACCAGAUUCACAAUACGAAGGCGUUAGGGAGGAAAAGGAUGAAAUUUUAAAAACAAACCAUCAUCAUUGUUAUAGUGACACAAACACUAUGGAUUCGGGGUGGCAGAGCGGGUCAGAGAAACAGGUGACAGAUUGAAUUGUCUAUGUCCAUGUGUUCUAUAUAUCUAAGUAACUGUGAAUAUGCUGUAAUUGAUGAAACUCAUGUCGAUGUGUAGAGAACUGUAGUGGUUGAUAUAAAUAUGCUAUGUAGUAUUAUUUCGUACGAUGUUAUUUCUUAUUUUAUUUCAUAUUUUGGCCUAAAUUUUUUGUCGGGCGUUUCGUAAUAAAAUAAUGCUCUCUUAUUUAGUAAUAAAUUGUUAGAACUAGCAAAUUUUUCAAUUGGUGAUUUAAAAAAAUACUCGAAACUAAUUUUUUAAGACAUAAAAAAGUUAUAACGCUUGUGAAUACGAGUAUUAUGAAUUUUCGUAUACUUUGAUAUUGUAAUACAUGUAAUUGCUAUUUAAAAAUAAUUCUAUUUGUUAAUUGUAUAGGAAAAAUUGUGUUUUUAUAUUAUUCCUGGUCUAAAAUAUUUAGGUUACACAAAUAUUAUAAUAAUAUUUUAUCCAAUUUUUUUAUCUUAUAUUGGUAUCAUUAUUCACACAAAAGUUGAUAAUAUGAUAUAUUUCAAACUGUCAUAGAAACGAAAUGUUAUUAGAUAUUUAGAAAAAAAAAUGACAAAAAAUCUUUAAUUAAAUAAUAAAAUGAAAUUUCCUAAAUAAUUAUGAGCUUUGCAUUAGAAUUAGAAGACAGAAACCCUUCCAUUUGUAUUGGAGAAUGUGUACUGUGUCGUGCCAAUUAGAUAAAAUUAGAUGUUUUUGUAAAGAAUGACCAACAUUAAAAAUCACGAAUUCAUGAGUCAUAUAUGGGAAAAAAUAAUAUAAUCAUAUAAAUAUUUGGUGAAACAGAAAGCUGAUGAAGAUGAUUUUCAAUUAUUAUAUAGUUUUUACUAGAAAAGAUCCAUUUUUUUCGCAGUGAUGAAUAUAUAUCACUAUUUUGAUUAAUAAGAAUUAAAAGUUUAAUUUACGCUCUUUUAGAACAUUCUAGCUAUUUGUUAUAGAAAA